AUGGCACCAGCAUCUGCUUCUGUGGAGGGCUUCAGGCUGCCUCCACUCACAGUGGAAGGGAAAAGGGAGAAGACGCACACAGAGAUCAAACGCGACGAGAGCCAGAAAGCAAGAGAGAGAGGAAGAAAGUGCCAGGCUUUUUUAAACAACCAGCUCCCACGGGAACUAAAAGGUUCGUGGCCCACCGCUCCUUCGCAGUCCCUGCCGCCACCGUCCACGCUCUGCGUUGUAGAGAAGACAGUGGGUCGGAAGAGCGCCAUCGCCGCCAGUGUAUGUGGGGCCCUUUUUAUCAGGUACUGCGUCUACUUUGACCACAAAAGACGAAGUGACCCCAACUUCAAGAACAGGCUUCGAGAACGAAGAAAGAAACAGAAGCUUCCCAAGGAGAGAGCUGGGUUUUCCAAGUUACCUGACCUUAAAGAUGCUGACGCUGUUCAGAAAUUCUUCCUUGAAGAAACACAGCUUGGUGAAGAGUUACUAGCUCAAGGUAAAUAUGAGAAGGGUGUAGACCAUCUGACAAAUGCAAUUGCUGUGUGUGGACAGCCACAGCAGUUACUGCAGGUCUUACAGCAAACUCUUCCACCACCAGUGUUCCAGAUGCCUCUGACUAAGCUCCCAACAAAGAGAAUUGUAAGUGCUUAGAGCUUGGCUGAAGAUGAUGUGGAAUGAGAAACAAAUGUCAACAUAAUAAA